AUGGUUCAUCGUUAUCCAUUUUCUCAGCUUCCCUCCUCUGUCAAUUUCGACGACCUACUAUUGGAGACUAUCACAGCUCGCCUCCUACGUUUAUGGGGUCACGGGAAUUCAACCGAAACUGGGAUUGUCACGCUUUUGCUUGAUCAGAAGGACUCCAUCGUAGAAGCAUACCUUCCAAGGACAAUAGCUUCAGACUUGGCACCCAAGGGAGGGUCGUUUGAUGUGGUCGACCAAAGCAUCCCCUUUAAAGUGGCGAAGAAUGGUGGUGGAGUUUUUUGCAUGAAAUACGCAGAUAACAGUAUUUUCCAUGUGUCGAGGUGGUCGUCGAAAGUUUUACGAAGUCAUAGAUACAAAAAGGAGUCUGAAUUUUGCGAGAUGUGGACAAGCGCUGCUGUAUUCAUCCUGUUUUACAACGCCAUAACCUUGCAGCAGACAGGAAUCUUUAAAAAUACAACUAUGUAA